AUGAUCGCUAACCAUAUGCAGAGGCUGGUUCACAUGGAGAAUUCAGGUCUUGUUAAUAGGCUUUUGAAUGAUAAGUAUGAGGAUUUGGGUAGGAUGUACAACUUGUUCCGCAGGGUUACCAACGGUCUUUCUACUGUCAGAGAUGUUAUGACCUCGCAUCUAAGGGAAAUGGGGAAGCAGCUGGUUACUGAUCCGGAGAAGUCGAAGGAUCCUGUGGAGUUUGUGCAGCGGCUAUUGGAUGAGCGAGAUAAGUAUGACAAAAUCAUCAGCACCGCGUUUGGUAAUGAUAAAACGUUUCAGAACGCUCUCAAUUCUUCGUUUGAGUAUUUCAUUAACUUGAAUGGUCGUUCUCCUGAGUUCAUCUCCUUAUUUGUUGAUGACAAGUUACGGAAAGGACUUAAGGGUAUUGCCGAUGUGGAUGUGGAAGUCAUCCUUGAUAAAGUUAUGAUGCUGUUCCGAUACUUGCAGGAGAAAGAUGUGUUUGAGAAGUACUACAAGCAGCAUUUGGCUAAAAGGCUUCUCUCUGGCAAAACCGUGUCAGAUGACGCAGAGAGAAGUCUGAUAGUGAAACUGAAGACGGAAUGUGGUUAUCAGUUCACUUCAAAAUUAGAAGGGAUGUUCACUGACAUGAAGACUUCAGAGGACACAAUGCGAGGGUUUUACGGAAGCCAUCCUGAGCUUUCGGAAGGACCAACACUCAUUGUUCAGGUUCUCACAACUGGUUCUUGGCCCACACAGCCUGCAGUACCUUGUAAUCUCCCAGCUGAAGUUUCCGUUCUCUGCGAGAAGUUCCGUUCUUAUUACCUUGGAACUCAUACCGGUAGAAGAUUGUCUUGGCAGACUAACAUGGGCACAGCCGAUAUCAAAGCCAUCUUUGGAAAGGGUCAGAAACAUGAACUGAACGUGUCGACUUUCCAGAUGUGUGUCCUCAUGCUGUUCAAAAACUCUGAUCGUCUCAGCUACAAAGAGAUCGAACAGGCAACUGAAAUCCCGGCACCAGAUCUGUAA